AUGGUAGUCCACAUCCGCGUCUCCCACAACUUCAGCACGUUGAACAGCAGCCUACCGCCGGAGCCCCCGGACAGCGCUGCGCGCGGAGUCGGUGAAGCGGACGCUCCAGGUGGCUUGAGUCGUGGCGGUCACACAGCGGUGGCAGUGUGCCUGGGCAUCAUCUUGGUAGCGGGAAUCGUCAACAACUCCCUGACGCUGCUGGUGUUUGCUCGAUUCCGGUGCUUGUGGACCCCCAUCAAUGUGAUCCUACUCAACAUCAGCCUGAGCGAUGUGCUGGUGUGCGUAUUCGGGACCCCGCUGAGCUUUGCCGCCAGUGUGCACGGACGCUGGCUCAUCGGGGAGUUUGGCUGCAGGUGGUACGGAUUCGCAAACUCAUUCUUUGGGAUCGUGUCUCUGGUCUCCUUGUCCGUCCUCUCGUACGAACGCUACACCACAGUUCUGCGUUCCUCCCAAGUGGACAUCUCAAACUUCCGGAAAGCCUGGUUGUGCAUCGGAGGCUGCUGGCUUUAUGCCCUCUUCUGGACAAUGCCUCCCUUGCUGGGCUGGAGCAGCUAUGGACCUGAAGGUCCCGGGACAACUUGUUCGGUCCAGUGGCACCUGCGCUCACCCGGCAGCGUCUCUUAUGUGCUGUGCCUCUUCAUCUUCUGUCUGCUGCUGCCGCUUCUUCUCAUGGUCUACUCUUACGGAUGCAUCCUGGUCACCAUUAGACGCAUGGGGAAGCUCAACCCUCUGACAGCACAGCGUCGAGAACAUCGUAUCCUGAGGAUGGUGCUGACAUUGGUUUCGUGCUACCUGUUGUGUUGGAUGCCCUACGGCGUGGUGGCCUUGGUUACCACAUUUGGGAGCUCACAGUUGGUCGCACCCUCCACCAGCGUGGUGCCCUCAGUCCUGGCCAAGUUCAGCACCGUCAUCAACCCCAUCAUCUAUGUAUUCUUCAACAACCAGUUUUCCCGCUGCCUCGUUGCCUUUGUCAAGUGCAAAGCGAAGCCCCCGUCAGUCCAAGCAGCACAGCCUGGCCUGAGGUCGCAGAGUUCACCAUGGUUACAUGACUUAUUCCCCGGUAUACGCCGACGCCACUCCCUCGCCAAUGCUACUGACCCCAGCCUGGACGGUAGCCGCCGUGCUCUUGUCGUCCACUACACUCCGCCUGGACCUUUUCGGACUGUCAGUCUCCAGACUGACAAAAGGUGACAGAUCACAAGACCUUUUGAAGGGCGAAAAUACGUCACUGGACCUCUAUACUAUUAAGUCAAACAAGUAUGAGAAAGUACUCACUAUGUAGAUAAGUACAAGUACAGAUACUUGCGUUAAUGUUCUGGUAUCAGUACAUUUUAUAAUAAGUCAAAACCUCUGCUUGAAUUAAACUGUACAGACUUUGGACUGUCAAUUACUGUACAUACAACGACCUUUUGAUAACUGUAAAAUGAAUAUACACACUUGAUAGUUUCCUCUUUUAUUAUUGAUUAAAUUUUGUGUCACGCAAAAAGUGUGUCGCCAUCUCAUGGUCAACACUAACAUUGCAUCCUUUUUUUUUUUUUUACCUCAGCUAGAAGGUAAAAACUACUGAAGGCAGAUGUUAUUUAUUCUGUUCUAUAUGUCUUUUUGCUAUUUUUUUUGUCUGUGUGCCAGUGUUCAAGAUAACUCAAGAGCAAAUAAACAGAUUAUCAAACUUGCAGGAUACUGUAUGUUUGUACUAUCAAGUGUAAAAGGUAAUUAAAUUUUGGGGUAAUGAAGUCAAGGGUCACAUAGAGCAGAAAAGUAAUUUCAUGGUAACUUGAUAACGGAUUAGCUUAUACUGUAUAUAUACAUAUUGCAGGGUGGAUGAUAUGAUGAGAAGAGAAAGAGUGAUGGCAUUUCGGGCCUUGAGCGAAGGGAGUUCCCACUCUCCCAAAUAUGGUGGGGCUUUGAAUUUUGCUGUGUAGGCGGAGGUCUGCUCUCUCAGUGUGCCCCCCAAGUAUUAAAUAUUAAACAUUUUUCUUCCUGACAAACCUGCCAUUAGAACAGUAGGCACAAGCACAUUAGCC